AAAAACAUACGGAGCCAUUUGCAGAAGUGGAAAGUCGCUGCAUAUGAUGUGAAUGUCGAGUGGAAACUGAUCCUCCUGCGAUGUGGUUUGUUCGACGUCGAUGCAUACACUGAUAAGACAAUAUGUCCAGCUCAUAGAUACAAGUUAGGGUUGAGUUGGACAUCAUCAAGGAAAUGUUGUCAUCCACUCCAUAAAGGGAAAGGCAAACCAUUCCGUGGUGUGAAUAAAGCAACUAGCCGUGAGAUGUUUGAUCGAUGGGGUAUCCUGAUCACAGUUGGAACAGGUAUCUGUAGAGGUUGUCUAUCUAGGCACAAACAAGCAGUUACGCACCAGACAGCGGAACAAUUACCUAGUGAUGUGCGCUCUAAGGAACAAGAAGAGCAGCAGUGUACAAUCAGUGAUUUCACAUCGCUGGCUGGUGUACCAUCUCUCCAACCCACCGACACAGCGUGCACUUCAGUUCAUGAGCAUACAUCUGAGUCCUCAUCAACUGAUGGAGAUAUUACACAGGAUGUAGGUGCACUUGACUCUUCUUGGGCUCCAACCCCCCGACCAAAGAAUGUGGAGCUGCAAUCCCUGAACACUUUCCUUACUCAGGGUGGAAUGUCUGCUGUUGAUGGGCAGCUUCGUCUGUCAUUAGAAGAAGCAUCUGAUAGCACCAUCCGUUAUUAUAGAAGGAAGGCAAAGGAAGCCUUUGGUUUAGUUCUUCAUUGUUUAGCACCAGGUCAAGAAGAUGGGCUCAUGAAGAUUACCAUCGGUGAAACAACUGCUGAAUCAUCACAAAGUGGUCAACAUUUUGAUAGUAGUACCCGUUCUCUAGUCGCGUGCUAUCAAACUGCAGACAACUGGUGUUUAAUGCCUUUUAGAAAUUCAAAAUGGCCGCUACAUCCGGCAGCCAUCUUAGAUUUGAUGGUUUCAGCCUGUAACUGGAGGGUCAAAUUAAAUACAUUUUUUUAAACAAUGGGAUGGUUUUAAUUU